CAAAUAACACUUGUGUAAUCAACCGCAAAAAUAACUCGUUUCGCGCCUAUAUAAGCCGGAGGCGUAUCCGAACGCCAGCUGUGCACGAUGGCGCGGAUUGGCGUGUUCUUUUUACUCGGCCUCUUGGCCUCGAGCCAAGCCUAUGACUACAAGGACGCGCUGAAGAAGUCACUGCUGUUCUACCAGGCGCAGCGCUCCGGCAAGCUGUCGGGCAUGGACAGCUCCCUCUACUGGAGGGGAGACUCCGCGCUCAACGACAAGGGCCAGAACGGAGAGGACCUCACUGGAGGAUACUACGAUGCGGGCGACCACGUCAAGUUCGGCUUCCCUAUGGCGUUCGCCAUGACGACGCUGGCUUGGGGUAUCCUGGACUGGGGCGACGGCUACACGAGCGCCGGCGUUAUGGACGAGGCACGCAACUGCAUCCGCUGGGGCAUGGACUACCUCAUCAAGGCGCACAUCUCCGACAACGAGCUCUACGUCCAGGUGGGCGACGGCACAGCCGACCACAACUACUGGGGUCGCCCCGAGGACAUGACUAUGGACAGGCCCUCGUACAAGAUCACCACCAGUGCACCAGGUUCUGACGUAGCCGCUGAGACAGCCGCCGCCUUCGCUGCCGCCUCGCUGGUCUUCAAGGGGGUGGACGACAACUACGCCAACACACUGCUGUCGCACGCCAAGGCGCUCUUCAACUUCGCAGACAGCUACCGUGGCGUGUACUCGGACAGCGUUUCCGCCGCCGCUAGUUUCUAUGGCUCCAAUGGAUACGCCGACGAGCUGCCCUGGGGAGCGGUGUGGCUGUACCGCGCCACGGCCUCCGAGAGCUACCUCAACCGUGCCAUCGAGCUCUACAAUGAAGGAGGUCUCCAGUACAGGAGCGGCUACGGCUGGGACGAGAAGUCCAGUGGAGCGACGGUUAUGAUUGCGCGGUUCACGAGUGACCAGACGUACAAGACGACUGUGCAGAGCUAUUGCGACAAUCUGAUGAACAACCAGCAGAGGACACCCAAGGGUCUCAUCUUCCUGGGAGAGUGGGGCUCCCUGAGGAACAUGGCCGGCGCUAUGUUCAUCUGCAUGAUGGCGUCCGACCGUGGAAUCAACCCAUCAGCGUACCGCAGUAUGGUGAAGGAGCAGAUGGGCUACGCCCUGGGAGAUACCGGCUUCAGCUACGUGUGCGGCAUCGACAGCAACUACCCACGCAGCCCGCAUCACCGCUCCAGCUCGUGCCCCGACGCGCCGGCCACGUGCGACUGGAACACGUUCAACGGCGCCCAGGCGAACGCGCACGUGCUGAACGGCGCACUGGUGGGUGGGCCCGGCGCCAACGACGACUACGUCGACACCCGCCAGGACGCCCAGAAGAACGAGGUCGCGCUCGACUACAACGCACCCUUCCAGGGUCUCCUGGCCGCCCUCAUCAAGUACAACCUGUGAGAACCAAGUCUGCUCUUCCUACAAUAAAAGUCUGCUAGCGUACAAA